AUGGAAGAGGAGGGGAGGGGAGAGGAGAGGAGGGGAGGAGAUGAAAGUCGGUUCUUUGAGGAGGACCGAACUGAAUUGCUGAGAUCGCCUCUCACUGAAGCAGGCAGUGCAUAUUUUAAUCGCUGGAAUAAUGAUGAUCAUAGUAGUAGCAACACUAAUUCGGCAGUAAUUGUGUUACAGUAUGAUGAUAGUGGCGACAAUGUGUGUUUGGAAAACGGUUUGUUAAAACAAUCCCUCACUUACAAAUGUAGUCUGACUGCCGGCAAAGCGAGCAUACGUAUGAAUAGUUACGUCAUUAGGAAAGAUUUUUCCAUUUUCAUGAAGCUGAAAACAAAAUUCAUCACUGGAAGGCGAAUCAAUAAGUGGAAAUGCUGUGAUAGUCCCAAGUCUUAUUUCACGAUGGAAUUGGGUUCAUGUCAGAUGAGUGGAAUCGAAGAGUGGCACAUAGUAGGCGGAGUUGACGAGAUAAAGAGAAUGUUUUCUACAAGACCAGAAGUUUCUGUGACAUUUCAAAAGAGUCCGGUAACACGAGCAACUCAAAAUGUCAGCUCUUCAGAACACUGCAGUGAUGCGAAACGUUUCACUGAUUUUGUGAGACCACAAUACUUCUACAGUUAUACAAAAGGAACGAGAAUGGUCUCAUCUCUGUUUGUUCCAGAUGUAAUUUGGAAAAAAUUUUACUCAAAGCACAAGUCAAGUUAUAGUUCACGCUCAUCAGGACCGCCAGCACCAGCAUUAGUCAAUGUAAUUGCCAGAAAUUCUGUACAGGCGUCAACUUAUGUUUCUGCAGGAAUUGAUAAUAUCGAUUUGGUACCGUCAACCAAUGCAAAUUCUGAAAUAUCUAUACAUGCGGCAACUUAUGCAGUUGCAGGAAUUGAUACUGUAUUGGUUCCUGUAAUUUCUAAAAAUUCAAACAAUUCUGCACAAACAGCAACUGUUCUAUCUAGAGCCUUUAAUAAUAUCGCAUUAAUUCCUACCGUUUCUACAAAUUCCGAAAGUUUUGAUCAAGCAACAUCUUCUGUAAUGACUGAAAUUAGUGGUGCUACCUCGAUACCUACAGCAGCUUUUGAAAAUUCUAUACAGACUACUGGGAAUGUAAAAGUGAACAAUGCUUUAAAGUGCAUGAGAGACGACGACUUGUGCAAAUCAUUGAAUAAUUCAGUGCCUGGCUGCAGUUUUUAUUCUCAACCCUGUUCGAGGAAGACUUCGCCAAUCAAAAAUAUGAAACAAAAACAGUCAUCGUUUUCUCUUGAUGUAACUCCGGAAAAAAAGACAAGGACACGGUGGCGGACUCGACGUCAACUGCACCAAAUGGAUCGCGAUGGUUUUGCUGGUGCUAAAUUUAGUGAAUCACCUCAAGCAAAGUUCCUUCCAAUGCCUCCUUUUGUGUGGUGUGAAGAGAAGUCUUCAUCUUCGUGUUCUGACUUAAAUUCCACCACUACUUCUUGCGGUGAUGAAGUGACUUCAAUUUCUGAUAUCAUCAAAAAACUUGAUAAAAAUUGUGAAAUACUUGAUGACGAUGGGGAUAGUGAAUUGUUAUCAAAAUGGAAUAUGUGCAGUCCACCAAUAAAUUUACCGUCGUUAAACUUCGUUGCUCCUCUUUCGAGUUCUUAA